GGCCCCAGGAUGGCGACCGCUCUCUGGCUGCUCCUGCUCCUGGCCCCGGGGCUGGCGAUUUCUAAGUCAGGCACUUUCACGAUUGAUUAUGAAAAUAAUUGCUUCAGUAAAGAUGAUUCCUGUUUCCGGUACAUCUCUGGGAGUAUACACUAUUUCCGAGUUCCACAUAUCUAUUGGAAGGACAGGCUACAGAAAAUGUACAUGGCUGGGCUUAACACAAUCCAGGUAUACGUUGCCUGGAAUUACCAUGAAACGAACCCUGGGGAGUAUGACUUCAGCAAGGCUAAAGAUAUCGAGUAUUUUCUGAACCUUGCUCAGGAGAUAGGUCUGUUUGUCAUUCUGCGUCCUGGACCCUACAUCUGUGCUGAGUGGGAUCUGGGUGGUCUUCCAGCCUGGCUUCUGCAAAAUUCAACAAUCAGUUUACGAUCAUCUGAUCCAGAUUACCUGGCCGCAGUGGAUAGAUGGUUUGCAGUUUUAUUACCAAAGAUGAAACCCUUGAUGUACCAGAAUGGAGGCCCCAUCAUCAGUGUUCAGGUGGAGAAUGAAUAUGGGAGUUAUUUUACAUGUGAUUUUAACUACCUGCGGCAUCUUCGUGAGGUCAUGCGCAAAUUCCUGGGUGAUGAUGUCUUACUUUUCACCACUGAUGGGAACCAGCUACAAGAGUUGAAAUGUGGCACCUUGCAGGGGCUCUACUCAACUGUGGAUUUUGGCACCACUGAUGAUGUCAAUGCUUCAUUUCGAAUCCAAAGGCAGUUUGAACCUGAAGGCCCACUGGUGAAUUCUGAGUUUUAUGUGGGAUGGCUGGAUUACUGGGGUGUGGAACAUUCAGUGGUUCCAAUUGAAAAUGCCACCAGAAUGCUGGAGGAAUUGCUGCAACUUGGAGCCAGUGUGAAUAUGUACAUGUUUGAAGGUGGGACUAAUUUUGGAUACUGGAACGGUGCUGACUACAAUACCAAGUACCGUCCUAUUACCACCAGCUAUGAUUACAAUGCCCCUCUGUCCGAGGCAGGAGAUCCCACACAGAAGUUUUAUGCACUGCGAGAUGUGAUUAGUAAGUUUCGAGCUGUCCCUUUGGGUCCAGUACCACCACCCACUGUGAAGUUUGCAUAUGGUACUGUCCAUAUGACCAAGUUCGGAGCACUACUGGAUUUCCUGAAUGUGCUGUCACCCGGAGGAGCUGUCAAUAGCACUUACCCUUUGACCUUUGAGCAAAUGCAACAGUAUUACGGGUUUAUGCUGUAUCGUACACAACUGCCUCACACUGUUGAGAAAGCCCUUCCCUUGAAACCAGAGUUGAAUGGAAUGCAUGAUCGAGGGUAUGUCCUGGUUAAUGGGAUAUAUCAGGGUGUGUUAGAACGUGACAGUGUCCAUGUAUUAAACAUCACUGGCAGUAAAGGUGACUUACUGGACAUUGUGGUAGAGAACAUGGGCCGCAUCAACUUUGGAAGCUGUCUGCUGGACCUCAAGGGCCUCGUAAGAAACGUUACACUUGCUUCCACUAUCCUUACCGACUGGUCCAUGUUCCCCUUGGCGAUAGAUGAUGUCAUUAAGAAUGGCUGGCCACAUUCUGAACAACAGGAAGAUGUGAACUCGGUGGCUCAGGGCCCUGCUGUCUAUUACGGGACCUUUCAGUCAGCGAAGGCUCAUGACACUUAUGUCAGGCUGCAAGGCUGGGCAAAGGGUCAGAUCUGGAUCAAUGGUUUUAAUGUGGGGCGUUACUGGCCAGAGAGAGGACCCCAAGAGACUCUGUAUGUGCCCAAGAACAUUCUGAAUGUAAACUCCCUGAACAAGGUGACGGUGCUGGAAUUGGAGAGAGGUCCUGCCAAACCUUCAGUUGUAUUUCAGGAUCAUGCAAUCUUGACCUCAAAGGGCUAGGAGAGAGGAGCAAUAUAUUGCUAUUUAUGUCAUACUGCUGCAGGCUCCCAAUCUGUUUCAUUAAGGCAACAGUGGAUCAGUGUCCUGCUGUCAUUAUUUACAGGUGCUAUAUACACACUCAUUUAAACAAAGACACAGGAGCCAUUAAAAUAAUCAAUUAAUUAAACUAACGCUUGGAGCAGCAUACAGCAAUGAGAAGGGAUGGUCUUGAGUCCGAAGGGGUACAAAAUGAAGGUGCCAACUCCAUUCUGCACUCUGUGAAGGGUUCACGUAUAGCCAGCUGGUCACAGCUCUCUCUGGGAUGCAGCAGGUAUGCAGAUGGCGUCACAGGGCAGUGAGAUGGAGCAGAACCUAUUCACCUCUACAACAAUGUCACCACAACUAAGAUGACCAUCGAUCAGGACAGACCUUGGAUUGUACCAGAGUCCCAUUGUCUUGGCCGUGAGACUGGGGUGGGAGAGGUGGCUGAUGUUGGGGGAUCCUGGUUUAUCACUGGGAGUUCCCAGGACUGCCUCCUAUGCAUUCCUCUCAGGAGAAGUAUUAAGAUCAUUGCAAACCAAUCACAAAGACUGCAUCAUGUGAUUUCCUUUGUAUUGUACGAGCUUCAGUAAAUAACCAGCAUUAUGGAGGCAACAUUAUUGUAAUAAAAUUGGAUUUGUACAGCA